ACGCGAUCUAAACGCACCGGAAGUGACCCUGUCAGUAGAGUUCCAGUUUCACGUCAGCUCGCUCCUCCAGGGCUCAUCAAACAAGCUGCUGUGGACACAGAAACCCGGUCUGAGCCUCUGAACUGUGACUCUAUAGAUGAUAUAAGUCAGUAUUUAUUCAUAUAGAGUGUAUCUUUCUAAAGCAGUGAGGCAGAGGGAGGAAUUACUUAGAUUUGCUAGCCUCGUUAGCUACCACGCCAUCUCUUCACCCGGCGUCACUUCCUACUUUUGAAACUCGCGGCCAGAAAGGAUCCAAACAGAGAUGGAGUUACAAGUGGGAUCUGAACCGAUGACCCUCGGGUCUCCCACGUCUCCAAAGCCGACCCCCGGAGCUCAGUUUCUACCUGGCUUUCUAAUGGGGGACCUGCCCGCUCCAGCUACCCCUCAGCCCCGCCCCUUCAGUCUGGCCUCGCCCCUCAUGGAGAGCACAGUCGGAGGAGGAGGAGGUUCAGCGCCGCAGCCCGUCGUCCCCACCCCUAAAGACAAAAGUGGCGCCCCUCCUGUUCGCAGUAUCCAUGAUGACCUGAUGGCUGUGGCGUCACCCCUGAGCACACACAGACAGGCAUUUCCAGUGAUGCAGUCUCCUCUGGCUGCACGCGGGGCCUCUCCUCCAGGAACAGGCGUGCAGCAGGUGUGUUUGUCUCCAGCUCAGGUGGAUCCUUUCUACAGCCAGGGGGAGGCUCUGUCAUCUGACGACCAGCUGGACCAGACCUGGGUCACAGUAUUUGGUUUUCCUCCAGCCUCUGCGUCGUACAUCCUGCUGCAGUUUGCUCAGUAUGGAAACAUCCUCAAACACACGAUGGCGUCUCCCGGUAACUGGAUGCACCUUCAGUAUCAGUCCAGACUUCAGGCCAGGAAAGCUCUAUCCAAAGACGGGAAGGUGUUCGGAGACGCCAUCAUGGUGGGAGUGAAGCCCUGCAUAGACAAGAGUGUGAUGGACAGCAGCAUCGCCAUUUCUUCUCCUCUCUCCACCUCCUUCUCCACCUCCGCUCUCCCCUGCACUCCUCGCUCUGCCAUCAGACCGCUCAGCGCCGCCUACAGGAGCUCAAGCAGCGACUACCAGGUGGUGUCAGACAGACACACUCCCAGGAAGGAUGACAGUUUCGUCUCGAAGGCGAUGGAGUACAUGUUUGGCUGGUGACAUCUGACCGGGCAUCAUGGGAAACCAGCAGCAUCAGAGGAAAGAGGAGAAUCAUGGGAGAGAUGGAUGAACUGAUUCACUACAGUGUGUGUGUAAGAGAGUGUGAGAGAGUGUGAGAGUGUGUGUGAGUGUGCUAGUCGAGGAUUUUCUGUCUCUCUCUUCUUUUAUGAUCAGUGUUUUUUAAAGUUUUUGUCUCAAUAAAGUUUUCCCUGGUUUGAAUUCA